AUGGCUGAAGGCAGCCGGGGUGGCCCGCUGUGCAGCGGGGUGGGCAGCAGGCGGGACCCGGUCCCCAGCAGCAGCGGCUGCAACUUUCCAGAGUACGAGCUUCCCGAGCUAAAUACGCGCGCUUUCCAUGUGGGCGCCUUUGGGGAGUUGUGGCGUGGCCGGCUGCGCGGGGCCGGGGACUUGUCGCUGAGGGAGCCGCCGGCACCCGCGCUGCCCGGGCGACAAGGGAUGACUGACUCCGAGCGAGAGGAUGCCGCGGUGGCCAGAGAUCUGGGCUGCAGCCUGGAGGCGGCGGCCGAGCUAAGGACGGUGUGCGGCCUUGAUAAACUGAAAUGCCUUGAGGAAGGCCAGGAUCCAGAAGUCAUCCCAGAGGAUACUGACCUGGUGACUUUGGGGGCUAGAAAGAAGUUCCUGGAACAUCGAGAAGAAACCAUAACAAUAGAUCGUGUCUGCAGACAAGAAACAUUUGCUUAUGAAAUGGAGUCACAUGCCAUAGGAAAAAAACCAGAAAAUCCAGCAGACACGAUUGAAGAAGGGGAGCUUAUCCUAUCUGUGAACAUCCUGUACCCUGUUAUAUUUAAUAAGCACAAAGAACACAAACCAUACCAGACAAUGCUGGUAUUGGGUAGUCAAAAGCUCACAGAACUGAGGGAUUCAAUUUGCUGUGUCAGUGACCUCCAGAUUGGUGGAGAAUUCAGCAACACUCCUGACCAAGCCCCUGAGCACAUCAGCAAAGACCUAUACAAAUCAGCCUUCUUUUAUUUUGAAGGAACAUUUUACAAUGAUAAAAGAUAUCCAGAAUGUAGAGAUUUGAGCAGAACUAUCAUUGAGUGGUCAGAGGCCCGUGAUAGAGGCUAUGGCAAGUUUCAGACUGCUAGAAUGGAAGAUUUCACCUUCAAUGACUUGUAUAUUAAACUGGGUUUUCCUUACUUAUACUGUCACCAGGGUGACUGUGAACAUGUUGUUGUCAUUACUGACAUAAGGCUUGUGCAUCAUGAUGACUGCUUGGAUAAGACACUUUAUCCCCUUCUUAUAAAGAAGCACUGGCUAUGGACCAGAAAAUGUUUUGUUUGUAAAAUGUACACAGCUAGAUGGGUGACAAACAAUGACAGUUUUGCACCAGAAGACCCAUGCUUCUUUUGUGAUGUUUGCUUCCGAAUGCUCCACUAUGAUUCAGAAGGCAACAAACUGGGGGAAUUCCUUGCUUAUCCUUAUGUUGAUCCUGGAACUUUUAAUUAAAGAUAGCCAAAAAAACAGAACAAAAAAAAGAGUACACCCUUGUGAAAUAAUUGUCCUCUUGGACGGUUUAGAUUCAAGAAAUACCACGGAGGAACAGGAUCCACUUGCAACAGUCAUGUUAUAGCUACAAAAAAAAUUAAUCAAUCACAGAUUUUCUUCAAGUCACUUGAUUUAUUUCUAAAUGUUUAGAAAUGUAUUAUUUAUCCCAAAGUAUAUUUAUUUUGUGCUCUGUACCGAUUUUAAGUGGUUUUCUUAUUGAAAUUAUAGAAGUGCUUUGUAUAUUCUGAAUAUAAAUCCUUUGUCAGAUACACAUAUUCUGAUUUUCUCCCAGUACUUGGCUUGCAUAUUCAUUCUGUGUCCAGAGUGUUUUUUGCUAAUGAUAAUUUCAAUGGUAACGUCAAGUAGUGGAAGUGUUUUGAAAAUUCUUUGAAGAAUAUGAGAGCUACACCAUCUACCAUGUGGCUUCCAAGGUAGAUCUUUCAAAUAUCUGUAAUAAAAAUGAGGGAGAAGUUAAGAGUAAAUUAUUUAAUAAUUAACUAUUGUGUAAUUUAAUCUUAUAGUGGGGUCUUUUGUAGUUAGGUUUUGUUGAUACAAACUAGGCACAAGACAUUUUAAUGGAUAAUUUACAUGAAUAAUAAAUGUAAAAAGAUCUUGAGUAUAUACUCAUACCUUCAUAGAAUAUUUUCAUUUCAUGACAAAAUUUUUUUAUGAAUCGCAAAUACUGUGAGUUUAAAAUGUCAAUAUUACAGUUUUUAAAAAUAGCACAUUUUAUAUGAUCACAGGGACAUGGAAAAAUCAAGAUUCUGUGGACUGCUGACACUGGCUCACUUAUUCUUGGGCAGUAAUACCAUUGAAUAUACAAUAUUCUAUAAGAAAAAAGAAAAAGGAGUUUUUCUGGCCCAGCUCUUUCAUUUUUCUGGGCCCCUUACUAUAAUAAUCCUACAUUACUUUUUCCUCUCAUUCUGAGCCAAAGAGUAAAGGAAACUUUUUAAUAAAUUCACAGGUCUAGAUCAGAGAAUUCUAGCUAUCCAAAUUUAAAUGUUUUCUAGAAACGUUUUUGGCUGAAAAUUUAAUACUGUUUAAGACUUUUAGAAAUGCUAUAUAAAGCAGGUUUUAAAUGUAUCAUAUGUUUCACUUUCUCUCCUAGGUUGUAUUUAAAUUCAACUGAAUUGUAGAGUUCCCUGGAUGGCUUAAGAACUGACAUUUACCACAUAAAUCAAAAACUGACCAAGCCUGUAAGCCUAUGUGUUUAAAAGAUUGACUGAAGUAUGUUUAUGGACUUAAAUGUCAUAUACACAAUUAAGUCGAUUGGUAUGGAGAUGACAAGCACCUGUUCCUGGUAUGUCUAGUGGUCUCAUUCACUGAUGCAGUCAGUACACGGAGGAUCUAUAUAGAGAACUAAGAGGCCCCUCCAUGGCUGGCUUAUGUUGUGCUUAAGUUUUACCUUCCCUGUGUCCAACAGUUCUAACAGAGCCGAUUAAAAAUUCUGCUGGACUGAAAA